AUGGGUUGUAGAAACAGGCACUCUUUCCCAGAGAAUCACUCUUCACCUUCUAAUGAUUCGAUCAGCGAGGCCUUGCUUUUAACCACCAUGUACAUCGUGGGUCUCCCUGUUGAUGUUCAUGUCAAGGAUGGCUCUGUAUAUUCUGGAAUCUUCCACGCUACUUCUACUCAAGCCGAUUAUGGUAUUGUUUUGAAGAAAGCAAGGAUGACCAAGAAGGGAAAAGGCAACACCAACAUCGGAAAUGAGGGCUUUGUGGAUACACUAGUGAUUCUAUCCAGUGAUUUUGUGCAAGUUGUUGCCAAGGAAGUAAUGCUUCCUGCAGAUGGUGUUGUUGAAAACAUUACUGGUGAUGAUGAGGAAGCAGUAGCACAUAAUGUAUGUUCUGAGAGUCUAACAUGCGAAUUAGAGAAUCACACAGAGCCCUUGGUGGAUGCAAAACAAGUUAAUCAAUCUAGACAAGCUGGAGAUGAAAAGUCAAACUCAAAAGGAAAAGCUGAUGAUCACAGACAGAAGUCUGAGUUUCUAAAUGAAAAAAGUGAUGAAACGAUUCAAAGCCACAAUUCAAGCCAUGAAAUUGAUACAUGUAUAGGCCAACAGAUAGCUGUUGAUCAUGGAAGCAAAGAUAGGACAUCAAAUCCUUCUGAUGACGGAUUAUUCUACAACAAUGCUCCUGCAUCUGUUCAAGCUAAUGAUCGGUGUAGUGAAAGGUCUGCUUCAGCAGAGUCUGUCUCUACAACUUCAACCCAAGGUGUGGAUCUCACCACAGAAUCACAUCCAGCAAGGUCCAUUGAAAUAUCUGCUCCAAGGGGUAAAGAUUCUACAAGAAAUGCUAAGCAAUUUAAGCUCAAUCCAGCUGCCAAAACCUUCUCUCCAUCUUUUGUGAAUCCUAUAUCAUCAACCUCUGGUGCGAGCAUGGUAUACAUACAAAAUAGCUCUCCUGUAGUUCCUGUUGCUAGUAUUCAACCAGAAGUUGGAUUCAACGCUUUUACUUCUCGGCCUUCAGUACCUGUAAAGGUUGCACAGUAUAGUAAUUUGACAGUGGGAAAUGGUGGAAGUGGCUCUCAGUUUUCUCAACCGAUUGUUGGACAUGUGCCACAUAGAAACCAACCCCUCCGGUAUACUACACAUUACACCCCUGUUUUGUCUGAACCUGCUUAUAUACAACCAAGCUCUCCUGCUGUUAUGGUUGGACGUUCCCCCCAGUUAGUAUAUGUUCAGCCAGUUUCCCAUGAUUUGAUUCAUGGAACGACGGCUGUUGCCCCAGUCUCAGCUCGCCCUCUUUUGAAUCAUCAUGUACCGUUUCCAAAGCAACAAGGAGGGACAAUUGGUCCAGCAAUGCCAGUUUGUGUGCCCCCUCCUGUCCUAACAAGUGGACACCAGCCCUUUGCACUUCAAAGCCACAUUCCACUUCUGCAACCUGGCUUUCCUCUCACACGACCUAUUUCAGUUCCAGGACCAAAUGGUUUCUAUGGCACUAAAUUUUAG